AUGCCUGGCACACGAUCAUCCGCCCGUCUGGCUGACAAGCAGUCCAGCCCCCCUGCUGCUUCCCAAGAGACCAAAGACAACAAGCGCAAAGCCGACGACUCCCAAUCUUCUCCUUCCAAGAAGGGCCGCAAGAAUACUGUCGAGCAAAAGACUAUUGAAGAGACUCUCAAGCCGAGUGCAGACAGCAACGGUACCUCUGAGUCCAAGCCAUCUGGGGAAGCUGGUCAGAGCGAGAAACCCGAGCAGAAGCCUGCUGCAGACUCAGCUGAGCAAAAGUCAUCCGAGCAAGCAUCUGAAGAGAAGCCAGCAGAGCAGCCUAACGCAGACAUGAAGGACGAUGGCUCCAUCAAACAGGUCGGCGAGUCGUACCAGGGUCAGAACAGAGAGGGAGAGUCGAAGGACGAUCCUGAGAAGGCCCUCAAGGACUCUCGUGGUGGUCAAGGUCUCAACACUCUUGAGCCCGAGAACCCCAAGCCCAAGCCUGACAAUCUCCCUAUUGACGACAUUCACCGCGACUUCGUAAAGGACUCCAAUGUCGAGACAAAGGAGCCCGAGGAGUUCAAGGAGUCAAAGGAGUCAAAGAUCAGCAAGGGCGAAGAAGGUGCUGUCGAGGAGAGUAAGGACCGUGCUGAGCAGAUGCCCAGCAACAUCCUAGAAAAGGGAAUAAUCUACUUCUUCACUAGAGGCCGUGUCGGCAUUGACGACCCUCAGAGCGUUCAGGACCUGCAGCGUAGCUACUUCGUCCUGCGUCCCCUGCCCAAAGGCGCAAAGCUGGGCGACGGCGUCAUCGAAGACGUCAAGAACAACCGUCUCUUCGCUCUGCCCAAGAAGGUCUUUCCUAAAGGACCCAAUGACAAGUUCAUGGUCUUUGUCGAGAGGGCAAAGGCUUCCAUGGAAGAAUUGAGAAGGGACUUUUUCCAACACUCAGAAUACCAAACUAAAACUCAAGGAGAUCGAUCCACACAUCCCAUUACCCCCAUGGGCGAAGGUGUUUACGCAAUUACCGCCACCGGCACACGCUCAGAAUCACAUCUCGCCUACAUGCUCACUAUUCCUCAAGAGCCCGGUCAGAUGCAAGAAGACGUCGGCAUCCGCUCAAAGGGCAGCUUCGUACUGAGUCUUAAGAACCCUACCAUCAAGGGUCCUUCCUACGCUACCCUCGAUCAACCGGCGGAGUUCUCUCAAGACAUCAUCGACGACUUCCGCAACCGUAGCUGGAUGCCCGCCGAGCCCAAGCAUCUCGACUUCAAUAAUGCACAAUUGCUCAUGAUCGGCGAGCCCUUGGAUGACAGUCAUGCUCUCGCGGCCACGUCAAAGGACAAGAACGCCGAUGACAAGGAGACACCACAAGAGGAGAUUGAGAAGCUUGAGCAUGAAGAUGGGCUUCGCGUCGAGCAUCUCAAGGGAGAUGACACUGUAUUUGCCGAUCUGGGUCUUUCCCACAAGGAGUACCCCAGUGUCCCUACAACAUGGUAA